UGCGCCGUAAAGUGGCGUGACCAGCUGCAAACAGGCGGCGGUGUCCAUCUGCGUGCGGAGCAGCGAGGCGGGUUCAGCUUCGAGUGAAAACGAGACAAACAAAAAACUCCCUUCCACUGCAGUGACCAAGAAGAUUCACAAUGGUGAAGAUAUUCGUCGGAAAUUUGGCACCCGUCACUACGGCCGAUGAAGUCCGUGCUCUGUUCUCCCAGUAUGGCAAGGUCAGAGAAUGUGAUGUUCUCAAGAACUUUGGCUUUGUGCACAUGUCUGACAAAGCAGAGGCGGACGAAGCCAUACGCAACCUUGGCAAUUAUGAGCUAAAUGGCCAGCCCAUGAAUGUGGAGCUGAGCCGCGGUAAGCCUCGGCCCUCCACCAAGCUGCACGUCGGCAACAUUGCCUGCACCAACCAAGAGCUGAGGGCCAAGUUCGAGGAGUACGGUACCGUGCUGGAGUGUGACAUUGUAAAGAACUACGCUUUUGUUCAUAUGGAGCGAUACGAAGACGCCAUGGAAGCCAUUAAUCGGUUAGACAACACUGCAUUUAAAGGCAAACUGAUGAGCGUGAAGCUUUCGACAAGCCGCCUGCGUUCUGAGCCGGGAAUGGGAGACAAAUUGGGUUGUUACCGUUGCGGGCAGAAAGGCCACUGGUCCAAAGAAUGCCCUCUAGACCGAAACGGCUACCACGGCGAGGGCUCAGAGCCAGGGGCUGAUGGAUACGGUGCCGCGAGGUUUGGCGAGCGUGGUCAAAGCGGCGGUUAUCAUCCGGGCUACAGUGCCGAUAUGGAUUACGCCCCUGUACAUGAUUAUUCCCGGGGUUCUGCUCACGGUGCUGACGCAUGGUACGGAAGAGAUGCAGGCUACAAGAGUGCAAUGAGGUACCCGGAGCAUCCAGGUUACGGUGCAAGCGCUGGUGCUGAACACGGCACGGCUCGGAUGUAUGGCAGCGAGGCGGGAUAUGGCGCGGUACCAGCAUACCCGGCACGACGGCCGGCUGGUGAGGAAAGUGAGCCGUACGGGGUUGUGGACUUCUACAAGAAGUACAGGGCCAAUUAUGGAACCGGUUAUUUUGAGGGACGCGCUGCUGUCCCCUAUGCUGCUCCGUCACCGGCCCCCACGGGUGUAAUGAGGGAUCAUGUGGCCCCCGCUAACCCCGACCCAUAUGAGCGCCCUCAAGCCCAGUCUGCGCCUGCUCCAAUCCCGACGUACUACACACGUGACCGGAGUCCGAUUCGGAGAGUUCCUGCUGAGGCCGAAGGAUACGCAUUUGAGCGUUCGCACAUUUCUCCGGCACACAACCUCUCAAGAAAUUCUGGCUUUGAGCAUCCGCGGGAUUCCGACAACGAGCGGGCACGUUACACAUACUAACCUCUGUCCUGUCGGAUCAGGUGAGAGCUGACUGACACUUAGCGGCUAGGCUAGCAGGCUAAAGUGGAGUGUAUCUGGUUAUGUAAGAGUUGGAACCAUCCUGAGGGUCUAUGUAAGUCUAAUCCGUUUAAAAAAAAAAAAAAUGUUUGCCAUCAAAGUGAAGUACAGUGCUCACUUCACCUUUGUCUGCUCUACUUGCAUAUUGUGGUAUUACUGCAGUUCUGCGGCGACAUAAUGUAAGGCUUUUUCUUUUUUUGUUUCUUGUGAAAACGUAGAAUCAGAUAGGAGUGAAGUAAAUGAUGCAUGUUGUCUCUUUUCAUUUGAUCUCAUGGGGUUUCUUCAGUUUCUAGCAUCUUAACAGCAUGUUGGAAUACUACGUGUUAGUUUACUGUGGUCUGUGUGAGUCAGUGCUGGAAAUAAAAGCUCACUGUAUAUUUAGUUGAUUUGCUUUUUUUUUUUUUUUUUUUUGUGCGUUGCUCAGAAAAUCAUCAGCCUACAUUGUGACUUUUUUUCUUUUAAAUUAGACAUUUUAUGAAGUUUAUUACUGGAUCUCACUUUCCUUUGACUAUUGAUUUGUAACAGGCUAAACUACAAUUAAAGUAUCAAAAUGUUACUUU